AUGAGACUCUCUAUCCUCUCCCGCCGGCGUGGUAUCCGCCCUGCCCAGGAGACUAACCUCUCCCUGAAGCGCUCGCAGCCCGAUACCUCUGAGUGUGUCGGCCCCCUCCUCUGCUGUGGAACUCUCACCACCCCUCUCGACCCCCUUGUCGACCCCCUCUUGCUGGCUCUUGGCAUUGAUGCUGCCAAAAUCGUCGGCUCCAUUGGCCUUCUCUGCCACGGGUACGAAGAAACUAGCUGUCCUACCAAGCCCCAGUGCUGUACCGAGGCCAACCUCCUGGGUGGCACCAUUGCCCUCGGAUGCGCGGAUCUUAAGUAG